UUUGUUUUUAUCAGUUUUUAAAUAUUCCGGAGAUCCCAAUUCACACGCCGUCUCUCUCUCCAACGCGUUUCACCUGCUCUGCUAUUUCUCUCAUUCCCUCUCUCCUCCUCCUUCCUCCCAUUCAUAGCUUUGCGUCUUUAACCAAGAAGAAAAGAACCGAGAAAACCCAAAACUCCCUUUUUGCCAAUGAGGAAUAGAAGAGAAGCAGCGAGAUCCAUUAACAAUCACUCAGUCAGAUGACGAGAGUUUCUUCCUGUGUGAUCCUGGUCGUCUUCUUCAUCACCUUCGUCUUUCCUUCUGUGUGUUUUGGCCUCGGUUCAGCUUCAACUCUCUCAAUCAGCUACGGUUCUGGUACUGUGUGUGGAAUUCUCGCAGGCAACUCUACUCAGAGAAUACAAUGCUACAGAGGAGGUCAGACAAUUUUGAUCUAUCCUGAUGUAUCUUUUCAAGUCAUCUCUGGAGGGAGAAAUUUCUUCUGUGGACUGUCUUGGGAUGGAUCAAUUUUGCUAUGUUGGGAUACGAGUUUUGAAGCCAAAAGGGUUUAUUAUAACAGUAGUGUUAGAUUGAGAGAUGUAACAGUAGGGGAUGAUCAGGUCUGCGCUGUAACGGUGGAGACCCAAGUCGCAAUUUGUUGGAGAGGUAUUGGGAAUAGGUUCCCAUCGCCGAUGAAUCAACAAUUUCAGGCCAUUACGUCAGGGAUAGGGUUUUCUUGUGGGAUUCUGAGUAGCAAUAGCAAAGUUCUGUGUUGGGGAAUUGACAAUGAAACAGCUCAAGAGAUUCAGAAUCAGUUUGGGAAUAUCUCCAUGGACAGCUUAGUUGCCGGUGGAUCUCAUGCUUGUGGUUUGAAUAUUGAUGGGUUUAUAAUCUGCAAAGGGAGGAACGAUUCUGGUCAGCUCGAAGUUCCGGAAAAUUCGUCUUUUUAUUUCUCUGAGCUCGCAUUGGGAUUCAACCAUAGCUGCGCCACUCGAAGAUCAGAUGGUUCAGUGGUUUGUUGGGGAGGAGGAGGACAAUUCUCUAGUAAUGUCACAAAUGGUGUUUCAUUCCAGUUGAUUAGUGCUGGUUCGAAUUUCACUUGUGGAUUGGCGAGCAUAAAUCUUUCCGUGAUUUGCUGGGGACCUGGUAGUUCGUCAAUUUAUCUACCUCUUCCGCAGAUUGUUCCAGGUCCUUGCACUGUUACCAACUGUAGCUGCGGUCAAUAUCCCGGUUCAUUUUGCAGUGGUUCUCGGAUUAUCUGUCGGACUUGUUUACAAGAACCAUCGCCGCCACCACCACCGGCGGCGUUACCUCCUCCUCCCCCUCCGCCAGCUUCACGGUCGCCUUCAUCAAAAAAAGCGAGAGACAGGGGUUUAUUGGCUUUUAUGAUUGUGGGAUCAGUUGGGUGUUUCGCUGGACUCUGUACCAUUGCCUACUGCUUGUGGAUUGGAGAGUGUUGUUGCAGACGCAAGAAGAUACAUAAUUCUGUGCAGCCCACCAUUACUGGAGGCGAUGCUAAUGCCGGGGGCAAUGGAAGCGGUGAUAUCUUCAGCUCUCUGUCAAGGUCUUCCACUAUUAGGCGGCAGUGCUCGCGAGCAAUGAGGCGCCAGAGGAGUGGGCCUUCAUCGAAGCACACCGACCGGGCUGAGGAAUUUAGCCUAGCAGAACUAGCAGUGGCCACCAACAACUUCUGUUUGGGGAACAAGAUUGGGGCUGGAAGCUUUGGGAUUGUUUACCAGGGCAAGCUUGGAGAUGGGCGAGAAGUUGCCAUUAAAAGAGGAGAGAUAGGUAGUACCAAGACUAAGAAAUUUCAAGAGAAAGAAAGCGCAUUUGAAUCUGAGAUAGCAUUCUUGUCAAGGCUGCACCACAAACAUCUGGUAAGGCUAGUGGGUUUCUGUGAAGAGAAAGAUGAGAGACUUCUGGUAUAUGAUUACAUGAAAAAUGGAGCUCUUCAUGAUCACUUGCAUUCGAACAACAAUGUUGAGAAGAUCAGUAGUGUAUUGAAUUCCUGGAAAAUGAGAAUCAAAAUCUUAUUAGACGCAGCGAGGGGAAUCGAAUAUCUUCACAACUACGCCGUGCCACCCAUAAUUCACAGGGAUAUCAAGUCUUCAAACAUAUUGCUCGACAUGAAUUGGACGGCGAGAGUAUCUGAUUUCGGUUUAUCAUUAAUGGGGCCGGAGUCUCCGACAGAGGAGUAUAAAUCCACGAAAGCAGCAGGGACAGUUGGGUACAUGGAUCCUGAGUAUUAUGGACUAAAUGUGUUGACAGCAAAGAGUGAUGUCUAUGGACUAGGGGUGGUUUUGCUUGAGAUAUUGACAGGGAAGAAAGCUAUAUUCAAGGACGCAGGAGGGCCAACAAGCGUGGUGGACUAUGCAGUGCCAAAGAUUUUGAAUGGAGAGCUAGAGUCAGUGCUGGAUGUAAGGGUUGGGCCGCCUGAAGCACACGAGGCAGAGGCGGUGGAGCUGGUGGCUUACACAGCGGUGCAUUGUGUCAACUUGGAGGGGAGGGAAAGACCAACCAUGACAGAUAUUGUUGCUAAUUUGGAAAGAGCAUUUUCUCUCUGCGAUGACAGCCAUGGAAGCAUCUCUAGUGCUACUAUCUCCAUCGCUUCCGACUGAAAGCCAGAGAAAUUUCAAGAUUCAUAUGCAAGAUGAUAUUACCCUGGAAAGAUUAUUAGGGAAUUUUGUCUUCUAAUUUUCUUCUUUUUUAUUUAUUUUUUGAUUAGAUUUUAGAAUUCUUGACAUUGGAAGUGUAAAGAAAUAACAGAGAAGAAAGAAGGGGGGGGGGGGGGUUCUCAUUCUCAUAGGAGUAACCCUCUGCUAACAGGCACAUUGAAUUUUUACCAUUGUACAUUCAUUCAUGGGUUCUAACUUCAAUGCUGUUAGAAUUUAUAUUUAUUUUAUUAUAAUUAAGUUUCAAGAUGAAGUUUUUCU